UUAACUCCUCGAGAAACUGAAGGUAACUUGCCAUCAUGUCAGGAGAAAAAUAUUAUUGGAGAUGAAUCCCUAUCUAAAUCGCUAGAAGGUGACGAGUCUGAAGACAAUCGAUGGAUUGAACAAGAGGAGAGCGAUAAGGAAGAUGGGGAAUUGACUUAUAAUGAAGACGUUCCUGAAUCAGCAAUUCGUCCGAAAAGACUCUCGAAAAGAAGUAGACCGACAAGUUUACAAAAGAAACUGGAGAACUUGGAGAAAUCUUUGCCUUCCUCAAGUAGUCCGAAAAAUCCGAUAAAAGUUAGUAGAAAACGAAAAACUGGAACCUCACAAUAUCAGCAUGAUAGUUUUGAACGUGAGAUGUUGAAACUCGAAGCUGAAAAAUUGGAUAUUUUGAGAAAUACUGACGAUGACGAUGAUGACAUCAACUUUUUCAAAUCACUUUUGCCGCAUGUCAGGCAACUUUCUUCGAUAGAUAAAUUAAACUUUCGUAUUCAAGUACAGCAUUUGCUGUAUCAGGAACUGCGUAAGCGGGAACCAUCACAUAUCACGAAUAUUGCAUCGCGAUCAACCAACAGAGCUUCGUCAUAUUGUUCUCCACCUUCUUCAGACUACAACGGUAAUGAUCAAUCAUCCGAUUCUAGACAUCCAGAACAAUACGAUUAUGUAAUACACGAGUUCAAUUAACAUUAUUAAUGUCUGAUAACAAAGAAUAAAAAGGUUAAAAAGUAAAA